AUGUCAACAGAAAAUAUAAUUCAAAAUAAUUCAAAUAAAUGUUUAAAAUGUUCAGAAGUUAUAAAAGGAGAAAUGAUAGUUAUAACAGAGGAAGAGAAAUUUCAUAAGGAAUGUUUUAAAUGUGAACAAUGUAAUUGUGAAAUGAGUAGUUUUUACGUUUCAAGUGAUAAGAAAAGAUUAUGUAAAGAUUGUAAUGAUAAAAAGAAUUCAGUCGAUUGUAAUAAAUGUAAGAAAUCAAUUCUUGGAAGUAAAUUAACAGAUAAUGCAGGUAAAGUUUACCAUGUUGAUUGUUUCUCAUGUGAACAAUGUAAUGCAAAGAUAGACGGUGCCUAUUUCAUUAGAAAUGAUUUACCAUACUGUUCAAAAUGUAAUGAAGAAUUAAAAGCACAACAAAAUGCAAAUAAUACUAAAGAAAUAGGUAAAUGCUUCCAAUGUAAAAAAUCAAUUUUAAAUUCAACUCCAAUGGUCGUAGUUUCACCAGAAGAGAAAUAUCAUAAAAAUUGUUUAAAAUGUUUUAAAUGUAAAAAUGAAAUUGAAGGUCAAUUUCAAGUUUUAGAUAAUAUUGCUUCAAGUAAGUUUUUUAUUAUUUUUUAA